AUGGCAGAAAUAGUAAUCAGAAUUCACUCCAAAACAGGUCGAUCCCGUAUCAACCUUCCGUCAAACGCCUCUUUGCGAACUCUUCAAAAUGCAAUCGUAGAAAGACUCCACGUCCCAAUUAACAAACAAAUUUUAAUCAAAGAAAAAGGAGGCCCGCUAAAAGGUCAACCCCAUCAGUUGUUAUCAGCAUUAGGCAUAUACAAUGGCUCUAUCCUUAAUCUCGACGCUGAAGCAGAAAUCGCAGCUGUCCCAGUCUCCAAACAAAUGACAAUGCCUCUCCCUGAGCUUUCCCCUCAAAAAAGUACAGAAAAAGAAGCUAAAAAAACUCCAGAAGAUGAAUACAUCAGACCCUGCCGACAUGGCCCUAGAGAACGCUGCAUAAAUUGCUUAGCCAGAGAAGACGCAAAGCGAAAAGAAGAAGGCAAAGAUAACGAGCCCCAAAAAGAAGACAGAACUUGGCUUUGUCAGCAUGGCCCUGAUGUAAAAUGUCUGAACUGCUUACAAGAUAACUUUGUCGCUGGGAUAAAACAUGAGUCCUUUGGGCAUUUUAUGGCAGUCAAAAGGUCAAAAUGUGAGCAUAGUCAUGAUGCAAGAUGUCCAAAUUGUUUGCCGCCUGCAGAAACUUCUUAUAAAAUUAAAGAGGAUUGUAAUAAGCAUCCACCAUGGCCUGCUUCUAUUUGCAAUUCAUGUAUGCCAGCAACUGCUGUAUUGGCAAGGCAGCCUUAUAGACACGUGGAUUAUGUGCAGCUGAUGAAUUCGACUGAAAUGAAUAGCUUUGUGAGCUAUUGGCAAAAUAAAGGAAUGCAACAGAGAGGUGGGUUUUUGUAUGGGUAUUAUGCAGAAGAUCCAAACUACCCAGAUGGAAUUCGUGCAGUUGUAGAAACUAUUUAUGAGCCUCCUCAAAUUGGUGAUAUGAAUGGAUUUCAAUUUUUAUACUUUUUUAAAUAAGUUUAUAUAAGAAAUUUUUAUUAUUUUAUAAAUCAAAUUUACUAUAAAAAGCAUAGAUGACCCAGAUGAAGUUUACGCUGAUAUGAUUGCUGAAGCUCUUGGGCUGGAAAAAAUUGGCUGGCUGUUUACAUCUAUUAAUCAUGACGAGUUUCUUUCAUCUCAUGAAAUCAAAAAAGCAGCAGAAUUCCAACAGCAGCAUAUAGUAGAAGACCCUUCAGGCUAUAAAGUGUCAAAAUUUGUAACUGUUGUACUUAAGCCGACUGAUGAUGGAAGCUUAACACCUCAUGCAUAUAUGGUUAGUGACCAAGGACAAGCACUAGUAAGAGAUAAUGUGCUAGGAGACUCCGAUUCCCGACGGCAUUUAGUAAAGAGGCAGCCAAAAGAUAGAGAACUAUUGCCUACAAUUUUAUGUGAAAAUCGCCCAGUCGAAGAGUUUCCACCUGAUUGGCUUAUAGUAAGUCUAGGCUGUGGAAGUCCAAUUAAUCCUAUGAGGAUUCUUCAUAAUACUGAUUUCCCUAUAGAAAAUAGAGAUAGAGACAUAACUCCUUCAGAUAUGAAAAGCUAUUUGAAUAAGCAUAAGAAUGAGCCAUGGUUCAGAAGAUGUUCAAAUUUCCAUUUCCUUCUACAGGUGGCUAAAUAUCUUGACCCAGACAGUGCUUUAGCUGCAGCUGAUGCAGUUUCUAAGGAGCGCGACAUUCCAAGAGGUCUUCAAGAUUUAUUAAAUUCAAUUCAAUAA